CUUUCAUUCAAAGCCGUAUAUGUCAAGAUGUUUAUUUAAAACAGCGAGUGACUGCAGUAACUCAACUUAGGAUAAUUUUUCAGAAUUUUCGGGAAGUCACGUUGUAAUACACGAAAAUGAUAAUCUCAAGGAAUACCAAGAAGACAAAGUUGUAUAAUUCAUGAGUUGAAUACAAGAUAUAUCCAUCCAUUUAAAAUGGAAAAUGAUCCAAAAAGCUACGCAUGUAUGCAUAAGAUGAAUUUAAAGAUGUUGCGCUGACGACGUUUUUAGUCCGAAUGAUUACUCAGUGUCUUCAGUUCCUCUCUGUGUGAUUUGUUGUGAAGCAAUGCGUAUUACUUUCAGCAGUUACAUGAGUAUUCCACCAGCAUGGAAAUCAGUAAUAUUAAUUGUGAUCUUCUUUAUACUACUCUACAAAUACCUGACCAGGAAUCACAGCUACUGGAAGGCGAGAGGUGUUCCAUUCGAACCUCCAAAAUUCCUAGCUGGCAGUCUUUGGGAAGUUUUUUGCGGCAGGCAGCACAUCGGGAAGCAUUUGGGAUACUUGUAUGGGAAAUACAACAAGGCGCCAUAUUUCGGUAUCUAUGUUAUGGGAAAACCGUAUCUGGUACUAAGAAACCCAGAAAUAAUCAAAAGCAUCACCAUAAGAGAUUUUCCUAAUUUCGACGAUAGAACGUUUGCCUGUGAUAAGAAUGCUGAUCCAAUGUCAGGGAACAGCCUGUUUGUUCUUAAAAAUCCCGAGUGGAAGAAUAUCAGGAACAAACUCACACCAAUAUUUACUUCCGGCAAGCUAAAAUUGAUGCUGUAUAUAAUGAAGAAAACCGGCGUAGAAGUGGAAAAAUAUUUGGAAAAAUACGAUAGUCAAGUGAUAGAGAUAAAAGAAGUAUCCUCGAAAUAUAUGACAGAUUUAGUUGCAUCUUGUUUUUUUGGGUUCGAUACGAAUUCUUUCAAAGAUCAAGACUCCGAAUUUCGCUUAGUCAGUCGUAGAAUGUUCGAGUUUGAUAUAUUUAAUUCGAUUUCAUUGUUUUCGUACUUCUUCGUACCGAAGAUGGUGUCUUGGUUCAAGCUAAAACUGUUGGAUACCAAUUUCUUGAAAGACGUGUUUUAUACGACGCUCCGCAAUAGAGCGUCGACCAAUCAGAAAAGAAAUGAUUUCGUGGAUUUGUUGCUGCAGUUGAAGGAGAAUUUCAACGAGAAUAACAAUGGUAUACAUUUUGAUACGAACUGUAUGGUAUCCCAAGCGAUAACGUUCUUUAUAGCGGGGUUCGAGACAACAAGCAAUGCUAUAGCCUUCGCUCUCUACGAAUUGUGUUUGAGGCCAGAUUGUCAAGAAAAGCUGAGACGGGAAAUAGGUGAAUCUCUACCUAAUGAUGUCGAGAUCACGUUCGAAAGCAUUCAGAUAAUGAAAUACCUGGAUAUGGUACUUUCAGAAACACUUCGACGUUACCCGUUUGGCCCUUUCCUCAAUCGUGAGUGUAAAGAAGACUACGUGAUUAAAGAGACUGGUCUCGUAAUAGAAAAAGGCACUCCGAUAUUGAUACCAAUAGACGGUAUCCAUAACGAUCCAGAGUAUUAUUCAGAUCCAGAGAAGUUCGAUCCAGAACGGUUUAGUGAUGGGAUAAAGUACAAAUCUCAGUCUUGUCAGUACUUGCCUUUCGGUAGUGGACCUAGGAAUUGUAUAGGAGACAGAUUUGGAUUGAUAUGUGCGAAAGUAGGAAUUAUCUACAUCUUGAGAAAAUUCAGAGUGGAACGGUGCGAAACAACUCCAGACCCAGUGGUGCUUGAUCCGAAAUCCCCAUUUAUGAUGCCAUUAGGAGGAUUAAAACAUGAUUCUCAAGAAAGUUUAAACCAUGCUAUAAUCUAGGUUAUAAUAUUUUUGAUAUAAGCUCAUUAUAAAUGACAGAGAAAUGUUAAAAAAAUCAAUAAAAAGAGAAAAAUAC